ACUGCCCCCUCCCCAUCCAUCAACUUGUUCCUCAAGAAGAAGAAGAGAAGAGCGGCAAUGGCGAAGCGGCUGAUCCCCUCCCUCAACAGGGUGCUGGUGGAGAAGGUGGUGCAGCCCAACAAGACCGCCGCCGGCAUCCUCCUCCCGGAGACCACCAAGCAGUUGAACUCUGCAAAAGUCAUAGCAGUUGGUCCUGGUGUUCAUGAUAGAGAUGGCAAGCUGAUCCCUGUAUCUCUCAAGGAAGGUGAUACCGUUCUAUUACCUGGGUACGGAGGAACUGAAGUGAAGCUUGCUGAGAAAGAGUACCUUCUUUUCGGAGAGCAUGACAUACUGGGACGGCUGGAAGAGUAACUCAGGGUUGUCAGGAUAACGUAAUCUGAUUGAAGAUGCUGGAUAUUAGGCUUAUGUACUUUGUGAGAGGAUAACCUCUGAAUUUGAUGUCCUUGCCUCAUCUUGAGCCAUUUUAGAACUAAUAUGAUGGCUUCUUUGGUGCUUCAUGUCUUGA